AUGAAAGCAACGAGAAACAUUGAGUCGUCGCCUUACGACGCCCCUGCUUCACCGCGUCUCUUCUGGCAAGGUCGCGAAUCUGGCUCUCCUUUCCAAAGAAGCUCGGAGAAUCAGGCACCUUAUGACCCAGAGUCAUCUUUCACUCCGUCAAAGCGGCCCUCUCUCGAGAAUCUCAAGCGGCAGUCGCGCGUCAAGAACAGCCACAUGUUCCGUGACCACAAUCAAGAGUACGACCCCGCGCAGGUUUACGUGCCCCAGAGACCAUUGUCGACAACCAAGUCGCCGCAGAAGCAAUCGCAGGGAGACUAUGAUCCAGAUGCUGCCCAGCAGAUUGGGCCCCGACCACCAUCGCCUAGCAAAGAUCAAGUGCCCCCGGCCAAGUCUUCCUUAUCUAGAGCGAGCCGCUUCGGCGUCAAAGAUAUGGGUUUCGAUCCGGAGAACGAAAUUUGGUCGGACUUCGACAAUCGAUACCAAAAGAGUGUCACGUUCGAUGCCGCGCCACCCCAGGUAAAUGAAUAUGAGAUGACUACCCCCGACCCGUCCUCGAUCGCAUCGGGGUCGCGCGACGGCAGCUAUGAUUCUGAGGAGGACGAGGCGGAUAUCAGCUUCGACCGCGAAUCAUCCAUGGACCGCGAUGAUAGCUUUGAUGCCUCGUUGGAGGACCUCGAAAAGACCCCGGUCGUGCUCCCCGAGGAUUGGCGUUACAUGAGCCCAGCCAACGCGAACGAGGACUUGGUGAAAGAAGACGAGGACCCCUUCACGGAGGACGAGAGCGAGAGCGGUGAUGUGCGGCCGUCAUCGCGCCAGGAGUUGCCAGCAACCCAUGCUCGUGUCGAGUCCAUGGACUCCAACGAGGAGCGCCGACCGCUACCGCCGUUGCCCGCUGCAGGUCGGACGUCGUUCUCCCCGCGCCCCCCGUCUCCCGGUAAACUGGCCGCCGCAUUUGAGCGUGGUAGUGGCAGUGGUAGUCAACGGGGUCUGCCUCCCCCUCCUGGCCCCGCUACCUACAGCAAGUCUGAUAUCACGGACCUGAGUCACCCUUCCAUGUCGCUGGAGGACAGACUCCGAUUGAUGAUGAUUCAGGAGAAUGAACGCAAAGACCACGAUGAGGAGCAGCAGCCCCAAAAUGAGGACGAUGACGAGCGACACUCCAACGUGGUGGAGCCCCAGGCUGAACACAUUGAGAGAAAGGACAAUGAAAAGACCGAAAACCAGCACAACCACGAACCUGCGGCGGAUGCGCCGGGGAGAUACUCGCCGCCUCACAUCUCUCGCGAUUCAAUUUUGAGGGAUCUCCGGAAGAGCGAGAGCUUUAUGGACGAUUCGUUCGAAACGUCCUCGCAGAUCGAGUCCGACAACGAACAAUACAUGCAUUAUGACCCCGACGUUGCGAUUCCGUCGCUUGAAAACGAUAACGAUUUUGAUGAUGACGACGACGACACUAACAGCGUUAUUGUCAAACAAGAAGAGCCAGACAAUGACCUUUAUGACAUACCCGACUACUACGAAAAUGUUCCCUCCAAGGACUCGUCCUUUAAAAGUUUGCAGGACAAGCAUGUCCUUGAUGACGAGAGCAAAUACUCGAGUCAAACCCCUGAAGACUUCACUCAGUCACGCGGGUCGCAAUCUGACGGACAGUCAACUCCCGUCCCAGGGGACCGCAACGAGCAAAUUGAAGACAAGACAACGAGCCCAGAGGAUCAUGACUUGACCCCCAACGAGGUUGAUCUCGCACCCAAGAUGGCAGCUCUCCGAGAGUCUCUGCAACGACCUAGGACUCCUGAGGAUCACCAUGAUCAGGUGUCGGAGCCAUCCACCCCUGACUCUGUUAUUAGACAUCCCAUGAACAGCGAUGAGAGUGAUCGCGACGUAUCCCCCGCCGACGAAGCUAUCCCCGACCCUGUCGCAACCAUCAAGGCCCACGGAGCCGGACUCAAAACACGGCCCUCGUUGACCCCCGCCGACGUCGAAUCGAUGGCCGCUACCCGACGUCAAGUCAGUGGGCAACAUAUUCCACCGAUGCCUCAUCAAACCCACACCCAGCAGCAGGAACCGGAUUCAGCCGAAAACAAUGCCCCCUCCGACGGACUUCUCGCCGCUCCCCAAGCACCGAAGGAGGCUGCCCAGCGACAGAGUAGCCUGAUGCAGUUAGAUAUACCGUUCAGCAUCCAGGAGGAGAGCCUUGGUUUUGGCCUGGAUAAAGAAUUCGAUCGAGUGAUCGAAACCCAAAAGGUUGCGUUUGAGCUUUCCCUGUCCCAAUUGUAUUCUCGUGCAACGAGAUUUCCCCAGGCCCAACAACCCCACGUUCCAUUUGCUGACCCCCGACCCCACAAACAGAGAGGCUAUCUCAUGCGACAGAACACCAAGGUGAUCAUAGCCAGCAGUCGCCCCGAGGAAGAGCCUGCCCCUGCCCCCGCCGAAGGUCCCAGUGAUCCCCGUGCCGCUAGAUCCCCCGCACCCUCCCCGCGCAAAGCGAGCCAGCAGACGUGGACAACGGUCCCUUGGAAUGGUCAGCCCCGGCGUUCUAGUAUCCGCACUUCCUCGAGCGCCAUUCGCAAGAAGCCCGUGUCAGGCCCCGUGCCUCCUCUCCCCGGGCAGCAGAGCAACGUUCAAGAGACGCCCGCCACUAUCGAAGAGAGCGAGCCUGCACUAAACGGAGCCUUAGAAGACGGCGAAGAGCGCGGUCGUUUGUUUGUUAAGGUCGUCGGUCUGAAGUACCUGGAUCUUCCAGUUCCGCGAGGCGAGCGAUCGUAUUUUUCCCUAACAUUGGACAACGGUUUGCACUGCGUGACUACAGCGUGGCUAGAACUCGGAAAGUCCGCUCCAAUCGGACAGGAAUUCGAACUCAUCGUCCAGAAUGAUCUCGAAUUCCAGCUUACUCUGCAGAUGAAAGUCGAUGACGAGCGCUUCCGCACCCCGGAACCCGCCCCGACGGCAUCGCCAACCCGGCAAAAGGCAUCGACUUUCAGCCGAGUCUUCGCGUCCCCCCGGAAGCGUAAGGAGCUCGAAAUGAAGCAACAGCUGGCCUCGCAGCAGCAGAAGGGCAAAGAUGUCAACGCCGGGGUGUGGGAUCGACUAAGGAGUCUCAUCGCCCGGGAUGGCAGCUUUGCUCGCGCAUACGUCGCCCUUAGCGACCACGAAAAAUAUGCUUUCGGGCGACCGUACACCGUCGAUAUCGCUUGCUUCAACGAAUGGGCGGUUGAGGAGCAGCCGAGCAGUAUCAAGAGCAAGAAGAGCACCGCCAGCUCGGCAUCUCAGCGUCGACCUCCUUACAAGAUCGGCAAGUUGGAACUGCAGCUACUGUUUGUUCCCCGCCCCAAGGGCACCAAGGACGAUGACAUGCCCAAGAGCAUGAACGCUUGUAUCCGGGAGAUGCGCGAUGCCGAAAGUGUGUCAGCUCGCAGCUACGACGGGUUCCUCUCCCAGCAGGGAGGAGAUUGUCCGUAUUGGCGCCGUCGUUUCUUUAAGCUUCAAGGGUCCAAACUCACCGCGUUCCACGAGACGACGCGGCAACCGCGUGCGACGAUCAAUUUGUCAAAAGCCGCAAAGCUUAUUGACGACCGGUCCUCGUUGACCCAGAAGGAGACGACCACGCGCGGUGGUGGACGGCGCAAAUCCGCCUUCGCCGAAGAAGAGGAGGGAUAUAUGUUCGUGGAGGAGGGAUUCCGGAUUCGCUUCGGCAACGGCGAGGUGAUCGACUUUUAUGCCGACAGCGCGGCCGAAAAGGACGGAUGGAUGAAGGUGCUGGCCGAUGCUGUUGGCAAAGGCUCGGGUGGCAGCAGUCAGACGAAGCCAUGGACCGACUUCGUGCUGAAGCAUGAACGCAGCGUCAAGGCACGCCGGGAGCCGGAGCCGUCGACGCCGACAUCGACCCUGGCCGGACCUCCGCCCCCGCGCAAAGACGCCCCUCCGCCUCCGCCGUCCUCCGCCUCGCGCGUUCCGGGUCCGCCCGCCUCGUCGCGGCCUCGUCACCGCCACACGCAGUCCCAGCCCGACGUUCGCAGCGCGGAUGCUCGGCGCAACAAGGCUCGCUCCUUGAUGUUUUAA